AUAUCCAAACCAACAAAACAAUACAAAAAGAAUUAAUAAAAACAGAAAGAAAGUAAUAACAUUCAUCAAGUGUUUGAAGCUCAUAUUGUGGCAAUCUCAUAUCCAUGGCAGAAGCUAUUAUGAGCUUUAAAAUCAUUAACACUCAUAUCAAUCAUAAGCCUUUUUUGCUUGCACCAAGAUUGGAAUCAAAAUUAUCACUCAGGCACUUAUCAGGCUCAAGGUUCACUAAUGGCUUCCAUCUGCAGCAAUCAUCAGUGGGUGUUGAAGAUAGCAAAAGAAGAUCUGGAGGUAGAAUGAAUGCGAUACCGCAUUUGUCACUAAUGGCAGUUUUAGUAGAGCACAUGGAAGGCCAAAGAGACCUCAUCACCCACAAAUCCAUAUGGCAUCUUACUGAUCAACAAAUCAAAAACAUAUAUACAUUGUACAUCAUGUUCACGGUGUGGGGUUGUUGUUUUUUCGGUGCAACUAAGGAUCCGUAUUACGAUUCAGAAUAUUACAGGAAAGAUGGAGGAGAUGGUACCGGGCAUUGGGUCUACGAAAAGCAAGAGGACAUAGAAGAAAAGGCGAGAGCGGCUUUGUGGCGUGAGGAGUUGAUCGAGGAGAUCGAGCAGAAGGUUGGAGGGUUGCGGGAGUUGGAAGAAGCUAAAGAAGAGGAGCUUGUUUAAUCAACUAUAUAUUGGGUCGAAUAUUGUUUAUACGUACAUAUCAUCAAGACUGUUGUCGAAUAUGAAACAUGAAAGUUAAUUAAAUGAAGUUUUUAGUUUA